AUGGACAAAAUUAAUUGGCAAUCCUCCUCAAAGAUCAACGGAGAGGGACCAGAGUUCAAAGCAAGCGAGAAUCCCGAUGGUAAAUAUAUUUCUCCAUUUCAUGACAUUCCACUGUUUGCUGGAUCUAAAGAAGAUAAAGAGAUUCCAGCAAAGAGAUCAAAGACUACUGGAAGUGAGGUACUGUUUAAUAUGAUUGUAGAAGUGCCUCGUUGGACAAAUGCGAAAAUGGAGAUUGCCACUGAGGAGCCGUUGAAUCCCAUUAAACAAGAUAUAAAGAAAGGCAAGCUUCGAUAUGUGGCAAAUAUCUUUCCUCACAAGGGUUAUAUAUGGAAUUAUGGUGCCUUCCCUCAGACCUGGGAAGAUCCAAACCACAAGGAUAAGAGUACAGGAUGUUGUGGGGAUAAUGAUCCUAUUGAUGUUUGUGAAAUAGGUUCAAAGAUUCGUUCAUCUGGUGAGGUUGUUCAGGUAAAGGUCUUGGGAGUUUUAGCCCUUAUUGAUGAAGGAGAGACAGAUUGGAAGAUCAUUGCUAUCAGUGUGGAUGACCCAGAAGCUCAGAAAAUCCAUGAUAUUGAUGAUGUCAGGAAGCACAAACCAGGUUACCUUGAGGCUACGAUUGACUGGUUCCGAUCAUAUAAGGUCCCUGAUGGUAAACUGGAAAAUCAGUUCGCUUUUAAUGGAGAAUUUAAAGACAAGGAUUUUGCUGUUGCAAUUAUUAAAUCCACCCAUGAAUACUGGAAAGCUUUGAUUCAUAAAAAAGCUGAUGGAGGUACUAUUAAAUGCACAAAUGUUCUGGUGGGUGGUAGCCCGUUUUGCUGCAGUGAAGAGGAUGCCCGAUCGAUUGUGCAGUCGGCACCAGUGCCUGUGAGCGGAGACUCUGUUUCCCCGGAAGUUGAUGCCUGGCACUUUUAUCCCAAGUGAUCGUCAAAAUGUUCUGAAGCCACGUCAUCAAAUCUUAAAUCAUCCCUCUUUUUCUGAGUUUUGAAGACACACAGGCAAAUGCACUAAUUGUGGAUUCCUGUUGAGACAACUUUUCAAAUUGUAUGAACUUUCUAUCAUGUAAAUAAACACUGACAUCAUCAAGUUA